CGGGAAACUUUCACGUGCAUAGAAGAGAAUCGUUGCCUGCCAUGGCAAGCAAGGAGGCAAAGCAAGAAGAAGACAUUGAAAGCUACAAGAAGCGGAAAAUUGCGGACUUGGAGAACUUGGGCAGAAGCGGUGGUGUAUAUGUUCCUCCCUUCAAGCUGGCGCGAAUGCAGAAGGAGAUCGAGGAUAAGACCAGCGCGGAGUACCAGAGGCAAACCUGGGAGGCCCUCAGAAAAAGUAUCAACGGCUUGGUGAACAAAGUCAACGUUGGCAAUAUCAAGAACAUAGUGGAGGAGCUGUUCCAGGAGAACCUGGUGCGAGGCCGCGGCCUGCUCGUGCGUGCGCUGAUCAGAGCGCAGAUGGCUUCGCCCGGCUUCACCCAUGUCUUUGCAGCGCUUCUGGCAGUGAUCAACUCCAAGCUGCCGGAGGUUGGCGAUCUGCUCAUUCGGCGAGUGAUUUUGCAGUUCCGUCGCGCCUACAAGAGGAAUGACAAGAUCGUCACAACCGCUGCAAUCAAGUUCAUGGCUCACUUAGUGAACCAGAAGAUCUGCUCGGAGCUGCUGGCGUUGCAUGUGGCCACCUUGUUGCUGGAGCGCGUGACGGAGGACUCUAUCGAGGUUUGCGUCAGCUUCCUCCAGGAAGUGGGCCAGGCGCUGGAGGAUCUCUCGAAGUCCGGGUGCCAGGCCAUCUUCGAGCGGUUCCGCACGAUUCUGCACGAGGGUGAGAUUGACAAGAGGGUGCAGUACGUCAUCGAAGGGCUCUUCGAGACGCGAAGGAAGAAGUUCAGCGACCAUCCUAUGGUUCUCGAGGAGCUUGACCUGGUUGACGAUGAUGAUCAGAUUACGCACGAGGUGGACUUGCUCGAGGAGACCGUCAAAGGCGAAGAAACACUGAACAUCUUCAAAGCGAUACCGCCAGAGCAGUACGCUGCUGAUGAGGCCAAGUGGAAGCUGAUCUCCAGCGAGAUCUUGGGCUUGGAGCAGGACGAAGGCAGCGACAGCAGCGCGGAUUCGGACGAGGAGGCGGACGCCGCAGCUGAUCGGCGGGCGCAGGAGAAAAUCCUGGACUUCACGGAGCAAGACCUGGUGAACCUCCGAAGGCAGAUCUAUCUCGUCAUCAUGUCCUCUGUGCACUUCGAGGAGUGCGUGCACAAAAUCCUCAAGCUGAAUAUCGCCGAAGGACAGGAAAAGGAGGUUUGCACGAUGCUGAUUGAUUGCUGCGCGAUGGAGAAGAUGUUCAACAGGUUCUUCGUGCUUCAGGCGGAACGCUUGUGCCGCCUGAAUCCGAUAUACCAGGACAACUUCACCGAAGCCUUCGGCGUGCAGUUCAACACCGUGCACAGGUUAGAAACCAACAAGCUGCGGAACAUUGGGAAGUUCUUUGCCCAUCUCCUCUAUACGGAUGCAAUUCCUUGGAGUAUUUGGGCGCAGGUGAAGAUCUCCGAAGAAACCACGACCUCCAGCUCCCGUAUCUUCAUCAAGGUGAUCUUCCAAGAGCUUUCUGAACAGUGGGGCAUCAAGAAGCUGGUGGAUCGACUUCGGGAGGAGGAGUUGAAGCCCUUCUUCGUGGGCCUCUUCCCCAAGGACCAUCCAAAGAACGUCCGCUUUGCCAUCAACUACUUCACUGCCAUCGGCUUGGGCGUCCUCACUGAGGACCUACGCUCCUUCCUGGAACAGGCCAACGCGCAAGCAGCAGCCGAGGCACAGAAGGCUGCGGAGGAACGUGCCAUGGAGGAGUCCUGUUCCUCCUCGUCCUCCUCCUCCUCGUCCUCGUCCUCGGAUUCUGACUCUGACAGUGACGAUAGCUCGGACUCUGAUAGCUCAGAUAGCUCAGACUCCUCGGACUAAACCAGUGCAUGC